AUGUUAAGAGCAAGGGAAAGCCUAAACGGCGUCGUUCAAGUCUCGAAUCUAUCUGCUAACAAUCUUCUGCAGAAGUUUUUCAUCACAAGCAACCGUUUUUGUGAGUAUGGUGAGAAUCGGGAAGAAGCAAAGAAGAAAGAAGAAAAAGAAGAAGAAGAUAAAGAUAUUGAGCUAACGUUAGGUCUUUCGCUGAAUGGUCAGUUUGGUACGGAUCCGAGAUCGAGGAAAAGGAAGAGUUUUGAAUUGGGUCGAUCUUCUUCGAUACCGGAAGGUUUCGUCUUCGACGAACAAAGAUCCAGCGGAGAUAUGCGGCGUACGGUAGGGCGUGGUGUUUCGGACAUGUUCCAGCUGGAUCGGACGCGUUCGCUGCCUGUCAACACGGAGGCAGAGACGGAGACGAAAAGGAAGCGACCGGAGAAGACAAGGGCAUUUAUGGAAUUUCAGGCUACUCCUCUGAAUAAAGGAAAAAACAGAGUCCAAGCGGAGACCAAGGAGGCGAGAGCAUUUCUUGAAUUUACGUAUCCUCCUCCGACAAAGGAAAAGGGCGAAAAUGAUCGUUUUGCUGUCAAUGCGGCGAAGAAAAAGACGCAGGAGGUUUCAGGAAUGGAGAAGGCGAGAAACAUUCUAGAAGACAUGCCGUGUGUGUCGACGAGAGAUGUCGGAGCCGACGGGAAACGAGUGGAAGGGUUUCUGUAUUGGUACGGAGGGAACAAGGAGGAGGUCAAGAUAGUGUGUGUAUGUCACGGUAGUUUCCUUUCUCCGGCGGAGUUCGUUAGGCACGGCGGAGGCCUCGUCAGCAACGAUGAUGAUGGUGGUGAUGGUGUUAUGAUAAACCCUCUUAGACAUAUUGUUGUUAAACUCCCUUCUUCUUCUUCUUUGUAG